AUGAUACAAGAAUAUUCAAAAACAGUGGAUAUAUUAUAUGGAAAUAUUUAUCAAGUUAAAAUUGAAGAUUUAGAAUCGGAUUCAAUUGAAAAUUUGACAAUUUAUUCGAAAAUUAGUCACAAGAAUCGAGUUGAUCAAUUAUUAAUCAUUUUGGAUCAUUGUCAAUGUGUAUAUAAUCAAUACUUUAUUGUAAAUAAUGAUGUACAAUUGUAUAAAUAUUUAACCUUAUCUAUCAAGUAUGGAAAUGUAUAUGAAAAUGUAAAAUAUCUCGUCUAUGAAAAUUCUGAGCUCAAAUCUAAAGUUUUAAAUUACUUUAUCUGUAGAGAGUGUAAAACCAAUUAUAAUAAUUUUAAAAAGUACAAGCAAUUGAAAAUUAACAUUCUCAAUUCAUACAUUCAAAGUAUAAUUAAUAGAUUGGGCGUUAAAACGGACUAUGUAAAUAAUUAUGUAAUUUAUCUCACUCAAUGUGUUAAAUAUUUUCAAUCAUUUGGACAUUUGAGGAAUAUUAACAAGUAUCAACAAGCAAUGCCUAAAAUGAUUAGACUCAUCUUGACUCGGAAUACCCACCAAUUCUCUCAUCAUUGUAAAUUGAAUUAUUCGGAAAUUUUGAAUAGUAUUGGUCAGUAUGAUUCAUCUGAAAUAUUGGAACAGAGUUUAUUUCUCGAUCAUUCUGUUCAUCCAAUGCAAAUAUUCAAAUACAUUAAAACACAAAAUGAAAUGUACCUCUUGGAUUUGGAUCAAUUCAUUCAAAUACUGUAUGAAAAAUUACACAAAGGAAAACCACUCUCUCAACAAAAAUUCUACAACUAUCUCAUUUACAAAUUUGGAUAUUUCAAUAAUGAUCUUUUAAUUGAAAAGUAUAAUGAAACUCAAAUAAUACUGAAACAAUUCAUUGAACAGCAAAUUUCCAAUAUCAUACUCUCCCCACAAUGUUUUAAAGAGAAAGAAAUCCUCAAAUCCAUCCUUUCCAAACUCAACAUUGAAUCCAUCACCAAAUCAGAUCCAAAUUGGCAAAAUCAUCUAUCCAAUCUCUACCAAUUCCUUUUAUUGAAUGCCUAUAAUAAAAUUCAUUGA